UGUUCUGGGCUGGCUCCGGUACGCCCGUACCGGAGCAUACCGCUUGCAACCCACCACUGAUUUGAAGUGACAAUAAAGUCUAAGUGAAUAAGCGGUUACUUUACUUGCAUUCCAAUUCUAUAUAUUUCGUAAUGAAGACUUGAUCCAUAUAGCAGGACUCCAUCGCUUGGAAUCCAAUUCUUCAUGAAUCUAAUUCUGUUAUUAAACAUUUCCCCUCACAGGGUCUGAGCUAAUAGAAAGGAUACCCACACUUUUCAAUAUUGUAGCUAGAUUUGUAUUCCAUUAAUUAUAGCAUGCUGAAUAAAUCAUCAUUGGUUAGGGUUUUUUUUUACUAACCCAAAACUCAAACUACCAUAUACGUCUUAGUUGUCAAUACAGAAAAGGGUCUAUAGAAUUUUAUGCUGAAAAAAAGUAAUUGUCCACUUUCUUAUUUAGUGACAAGGGGAAAUGGUGGUAAUAAGAAUAUUAAAACUAUGUGCUUAGAGUAAUUACUUAAACAGCUUUUGGCUCAUAUACAAAACAUCCAUAUUUCAUUUUCUUUUGGGUACUUAAUUAUAAGAAUUGACUGAAUGUUUACGUAAGAUAUUUAGUAGUAUGUAAUUUUUGCCACACAAGCUUCAAGAAUCAGGACUGGGAGUUUAGAAUGAUUUUAUUAUAUUAAUUUAUUUGAUUCUUUUUUAUUAUUUCAUAGUUUUAAAUGAGGUUUUAUAGUAUGUAAACCACCUUGAGUGGCUAUGUGCAAAUAGGUGGCAAUAUAAAUUCAAUAAAUAAAUAAAUAAAUAAAUGUGACUGAGAUAAAUAAAUAAAUGUGACUGACAUUUUUGUUAUAUAAUACAUCUGAAUCCCAUAUGUAUGACUAAAGAUUUAUAAUGGAUAGAAGUUGCAUUUACUAAUGCUUCCUAGAUGACAGUAUCUGUAGUGAAACAUUUCAAAAUCAUUUCUUUAUUUAACUGGCAUAUGUCUACAUUUUUUACUGGUAUAUUAGAUUUCAUCCAACCACAGAUGAAGUAAAUAGAUCCCAGGCAAAGCAUGGCUAUCAACAGCUGUAACAUAUUCCUUGCAGUAGCUAGGAGCAGAGGCUCAUGCCUGCUCGUACACUCCUGUUGCUCCCUGUUCUCCUCGUCAGCUGCCCUGGCUCAACUGUUGGAUUCCCACCACAAUGGAAUGUUCCCGAAGGACUCCGAAAGCCACCAGCUCCUCUCCAGUUCACCGCAGGGCAGCGCUUGGCCUCACUUGCUCAUCGGACCGAUGCGGAUGCUUCGCACGUCAGCUUCCUGGCAUCAGGACAAACCUCGCCCUGAGCCAAGUACUGUAAAAACCGACCCCACUCCGGCUGGCCUUCCAGACAAAGCCGCAGGGACUGCCAGGCGGUCUCUCUGGCAGAGGAUUGUAGACGAACUGAGACAUUAUUACAAUGGAUUCCACUUGCUUUGGAUUGACACGAAAGUCGCUGUUCGGAUGGUCUGGAGACUGUUACACGGGCAAAUCCUCACCAGGCGGGAGAGGCGAAGGCUGAUGAGAACAUCAGCGGAUCUUUUCCGGCUGGUUCCUUUCUUGGUGUUCAUCAUCGUACCUUUCAUGGAAUUCCUGUUACCUGUAUUUCUUAAACUCUUUCCCGAGAUGUUGCCUUCAACCUUUGAAACGCAAUCGAAAAAGGAAGAAAAGCAGAGGAAGAAGCUGAGUGCGAAGUUGGAGCUAGCCAAAUUCUUGCAGGAGACAAUCACAGAGUUGGCCCGAAGAAACAAAGCCAGCACAGGGGCAGCUACCCAGCUGUUCUCUUCCUAUGUUCAGAAGGUUCGACAUAGCGGCCAACAACCCAGCACCCAGGAAAUUGUGAAGUUUUCCAAACUGUUUGAGGAUGAGCUGACGCUGGAACACUUGGAGCGGUCCCAGCUGGUCAUCCUUUGCAAACUGCUGGAGUUACAGCCCAUUGGCACCAACAACCUCCUCCGCUUCCAGCUUUUAAUGAAGCUCAGAUCCAUCAAGGUUGACGACGAGAUGAUAGCCAAGGAAGGCGUUAAUGGCUUGAGCGUGUCUGAGCUCCAGAGUGCAUGCAGAGCAAGAGGAAUGAGGUCGUUGGGCCUUACAGAGGACCAGCUCAAAGAGCAACUGAACCAGUGGCUGGAUUUGAAUCUCAAGGAAAAAGUCCCUCCUUCUUUGCUGCUGCUUUCUCGUGCCUUGUACUUGACAGACGUGAGUCCCAAACCGAUGAUGGUGAACAACACUAAGCCUCUGAAGAGUGAGGAUGCCGAAAUGGAUGAUGAUGAUGAUGAAGUAGAAGAACAGGAGACCUUGUUGGAUUCUGCCCCCAAAGUGCAGGAAAGGAAGAAUGAAGAAUUUAUAUUGCCUCCAAAAGACAAAUUACCAGUUUCUGAAAUGUCAGUCAAGCCUCCUGUGGGAGAGACUAAAAUAGAAGCAUCCCGGAGCACCAAAGCAAGUGCAAACGGCGUCUAACCGCUUUCCCACAAAAGAACUGGACCCUCAGGGAGAACACACACACAAACGCUACCCUUGCAACUUGCAAAAUGUCGGCAGCUUUCAUCGUCCAUCUCCUUCGCAGACCCAGCCCUGCAAAUUCCGUUUCUCCAGACUCGAUGGCCGUCUAUCUCAACCAGGCGAAAAACUCACUUUGUAUCCCAGGGCGAAGAUUUGCAUUCGUGAGACAUCCGUCUAACUUAUUUUGUUUUGUAAAUAUGUACAUAAUCCCACAGACUAGACCAGUUGUAAACUUAAUGCAAAACGGUUCCCGCGUAGGGUGUGUCAUUCCUUAAAACUUCUUUUGUGAUUAAUUUAAAUUUUGUAAGAAGGGGACUCCUUGGUACCCUGAGCCUUUUUUGCUAUGAGAAAUUGUAAGGAGUUGGGUUUCCCUCCCCUCAGCUGUCAAGGCCUGAAUUGAUUUACGGCCCGGUUCUUAAAAAAAUCUUAUUUUAAAAGUAGGUCACGGAAAUAGCCCUUUCCAAUUGAUCUUGCAUAAAAAUUGCACUCCCUUCUCAAACUCAAACGAGAAGAAUGGAAGAUGGACAUCAUUUUCCUCUUACUAUACGCAAAUAAAAUGGAAACCCUCCAUGGCCCAUCUGGUUUCCUCCUGUCACACGUAUACAGCAUUAUUACUGAUUGGUGAAAAGACUGCACACUCCAGUGUGUUUUCCUGUUGUUUCAAAAGGAGCAAAUGUUACACAAAACACACAGAGUUGGGACCAUAAACUUAUUUAAAUAGAGUAACGAGCAAUUAAAGUAUGGAUUUAAGUUAUCUACAACUCGCUCAGGCAGACGCUGUCAAUUAAUUAAUUUAUUAAUCCGAUUAUUUGUAAUUGUAUUGUCUUUGUUAAUUAAAUUGUGGAUGUUGAAUUAACCUGUAA